UUGGCUGUUGUAACAGCAACUCUGUGAAGUUAGGUUUAGUUAAGGCACACCAUUUAAAAAAACGUAAUACUACUAGACUAAAGGAGUGCUUAGCGCUGACAACGCCGCUGUGUUUAGGGUUCCAGAAGUUGUUGCAACUUCAAUAAAGCGUUUAGAAUCUUCUACUUAGACCCACACUACUCAAAACACCACUUGCAGAGUUACGGAAAGGUCCUUUAUUUAGUUGUACGUUCUGUAAGCGCAGUUGGUUAAAAUGUUAAAGCUGCUGUCUGUGUUUCUAAUGUGUGUUGGCAGCAUGUGUCUGGGUGCCAGAGCGCAAGGUGUGAGCAAGGGAGGUUUGACAAGAGAAUACGGGGUGAAGCUGUGUGGCAGAGAGUUUAUCAGAGCCGUCAUAUUCACCUGCGGAGGUUCAAGAUGGAAAAGGCUUUCGGAGGACUCGGAUUCACCUUUAGGCAUCGAGAAGAAUCUGCCCCUGGGUUCUGCUUUCCACACCGCCCCUGAAGGUGAGGACAGUCUGAGCAGACUGCAGUCCAUCCUGGAAAGACCCCCCCUGCCCAUCACGCAGCUAUCCCUGAAGGACCUUGUCAGCCUGUACGGCGUCUACAGUGACUAUGAGUCAGUGCCUGAUGACCUCGGAGAGCUCCUGCAGCAGGUGUCAGAGCUCAGGCAGCAGCAGAAGUUACAGACUACUGAAAAAGUGGGCAACAGUCCUCACAUCCCCUGGCUGAAGUCCCCCAGGAGGAAGAGGAACUUUUCAGUGGGCUUGGCAGGAAUGUGCUGCAAUCAGGGUUGCACUAAGAAUGACAUUGGCAGGCUCUGCUGAUCAUACAGCAGAUCGCAGGAGCCCGCGCUAACCAGUCUCGAUGUCUAGCUGUAUUUAUUUAAUGUAUAUUGACUGUGUGUCAGUGAAGAGAGUUCCUGUUGUGUGCUGGGAACUAGAGAGAAUGUGUUGGGUGAGGGGUCACUUUUGAAUUUGAAAUCUUUUAAUUUUCAAUGACCCACUGUCCUUAUGGCUUUACUUGUUCUGUUUCCUAGAGGACAAUAAAAUUAGUUUUCCUACAAUA